AUGUGGCCCGCCGACCCGAAAAUCGGCCCCCAAUUGACAUAUGGUGUCUUUGGGAACGGUGUCGCCCUGCUGAAUGACAAUGCUUCACUGAAAGUGCUCGAUUUCCCCAGAUUGAGAGACCAUGGCCCCAGACUUCACCUCAUCGCAAACUCAUCGCGAGUUUUGGCGGAGCCACAGCCCGCUUCAUGCGAAAACGAUGAUAUCAGCGUGUACAAUGCGGCCCAUAGACCCUUGGGUGAGGUUGGCGCCUCGGACGAUGUGUUGGUUGGCCUAGCGUUGGAAGCUGAACCUUUCCGAAAGAAGGUGGGCCAAGAUCCUACAAUUGGCACGCUAGUGGGGGAGAUUAUGUUGGGAACAGGCGCCUACGCUGAGCCAGUAGUGGUCAAUGGCAAAAAAUUGCGUCCGAAGGCGAAGAAUAAUGUGGUCGAUGUGAAGGCAUUGGUGCGUGGCACAAGUGAAGGAGCAGUGAAGGUAACACCGCUCAUACCGAAGAAAAAGAACCUUCUACAUCUCGAAAACCCCGACCUCCUGAAAAAAUGCAUCGUAGAUACCCUCAACGAAGAUCUCCUGGCCACAUACCAAGUUCUGUGGCCGAUUCUUCAGAUUGCAACUUGCUCCGAAAGCCGUCUCAUUGCCGUGCGUGGCCAAACACGCUGCUGUUUUCUAUAUGUAGAAUGGAAUAACGAUCCGGGCCAAAAAGGUGUUCAACUCAAAUUCGCUUUCGAGAUCCUCAAUGAGGGCGCUGGCUGGGCUGAUCUUAUCUUUAGCAGCUGGCGCUUUGCCAUGGUCGAUAUUUCAGGGAAGAUCUCAAUCUACGACUUCGAUUGCGUUGGAGGAAACUGGAAGUAUGAACACACUCGUCAAAUCGAGCCGACGCUUUAUGACCCGCUGGACUGGUCCCACUGGCUUCGUAUUAUUUGGCCCACUGAUAGCACCUAUAUGCUUUUGUUCCGCCGCAGAGCAGCCUACUAUGUCUCCUUGGAAAAAACAGCUAAUGGCGAAUCGACAGCUACCAAGUUGGUCUCGACUCAUUCUUGGUCUUAUUUUCAGGAUGUGGCCAUGGUUGGUUCGAAUAUCUUUCUUCUCACAUCUAAGGAACUCAUUUGGCUACAAUCAACCGAGAGGGAGCCAAUGAAACGGUUGCUCUCGUGGAAACAUUUUCUCGAUGAUGCUGAUCCCUCAACACGAUUCAAUGUCAGUCCACUCGGCGCCACCACAUUUGCAUUAUCAGUCUACACAAAGGAGGUUCCUUUCGUAGUGACAUACACAUUUGGAUUCGUUGAUGAAAAACCAUGCAGUGUCUAUGAUCCUUACGUACUCUACACCUCACAAGGCGAGGGCAUUGCACAUUUUGCUCUUCUAGAGUCGACCAUCGGUGGUGGAAACGAAGGACCAUUUGCGAAUGGUUUCGAGAUCACCACCGACUCGGGAGUCAAUUUCGUGAGUUUCUGCGGGUCAGAAAAAAGAGGGUUUCGUCUGGUCGUAUCCACAGUCGAAGCAAGUUCGCCAGCCGCUCCCACUUCCACAAAACCCGCCGCUUGGCCCAAAGUCUUCACCGAAAAAGAAUUGGCGCGUAUAUACUCGCUCUUUUUUGGAAGAACUGACAGAGAUCAAUCGGAAAGUCAGCGUUCUACGGAUACAGCCGAAAGACAAAAGUCGGAUAGUAAUAAUGUAGGGGUGGUAAUCCCUGACUCACAAGUCGAAGCGCCAUCUAGCGAGGAAGCUUUGCCGCAAAACAAAUCGAUCAACGAACAGAUCGAUGUUGUCCAAAACUUUGCCUUUGAGCUCGGCUCUGAAUUGAAAAGCGUCUUGGACAUAGACCUUGAAGACCUCGAUUAUCCACAAUACCAUACACUUGCCUCUGUUGCCGAACGCAUUCCAAUGGAUGUCACGGAUCUCAGAGAGUUCGAUUCAAUGCUACAACAGUUAAGCGAAUACUGCGAAGACCAGGGAGGGCGCCUUGAUUUCAGUAGCACUGGCCUUCUAGUCCCAGAAUCUGAAUUGAGCCCGACUUCUUUGAGCUGCGAAUAUUUAGCAAGUGUCAUGAAGGAUUCAAAUACCGAGUCGAGGUGGCGAGCCGCCGUGAUCCUCGUUCUGUGUCUAGUGAAAGCACAGACCAUGAAAAUUGAAAGUCAACACGAGCAACUAAUCGAGGAGGAGCUCAGAGGAUGUUCCGAAGACCUCAAAGAAAUAUUCGACGAAUGGCAGGUCCAUUCGUCUCCUGAACAGAUGAGUAUUAGUCAAGCCGAGAUGACUUCAACACCGCUGGCCACCCAAUCCUCUCAAUUACCAGUGAAAUCCCAGAAAUCUGCAAAGAAGGGACUUCUCCACCAGGCACUCACCCAGAAUUCCCAAGCGCUCAAGCUCAAAUCUUCUUCGCUGCCCUCUGUAGAAAAGGAUAAAGCUCCCGAUAAUCGCGAGUCAAGCCAGAAUUCCGAAAUCCUAUUUUUGUCUCAAUUCGAUUCUUCACAGGAAAGCCUUGGUGGAUCUCAGCCCAUGUCUUCUCAGAAUUCUUCACAGUCUCAGACACUUGCCAGAGAAGGACCUAAAAGGAAGAAGAAAAAGAAGGGCGGCUUUGCAUAA